AUGAGGAUCAUGGUGCGGACGCUGCGCGGGGACCGGGUGGCGCUGGACGUGGACGGCGCGACGACGACGGUGGCGCAGGCCAAGGGCAUGGUCAUGGCCCUGGAGCGCGUCCCGGUGGCCAUGCAGCGGCUCUUCUUCGCCGGCUGCCACCUCGACGACGACAACCGCACGCUCACCGGCUACGGCGUCCAGCACGGCUCUGUCCUCUUCCUCGGCCUUCGCCUUCGCGCCGCCGACACCACCCCGUGUCAGGAAGAGAUGCAAAGGUUGCAGGUGCCGGCAGGAUCCAUGGCCGUGAAGCAUGAACUGCAUCAGCAGCAGGUGCAGGUGCAUCAUGGCCAUGGCCACGACGGUGGCGAGGUGCUCGACAAGGCCAAGCCCAGGAAGCCGGUCUCGCGGCGCGCGCUCCGGAAGAUCCUCUCGAGGCUGCACGUGGACACGUGGACGAGGAAGCACGACGCCAAGCUGCUCGACCUGCUGCAGCGCCGCACCGCGGGGCACGGCGGCGAGUGUAGGAAGAGCGUGGGCGACCUGACCGGGGAGGACUGGUCGGCCAUCCGCGCGGAGCUGAACUCUGCCACGGGGUCCGCGUUCCCCGUGGAGGAGCUGCAGCGGCGGGUGGGCGAGUUCCGGCGCGAGCUAGAGGCCGUGGGCCGCAUCAAGAGCCACCCGCGGUUCGGCUACGACCCGCGCCGCCGUGUCGUCGUCGCCGAGGAAGACGACUGGAGGCGCUACACGCUGGAAAAUCCUGAGGCGGCGGUGUACGAGGGGAGGAGCCCGCAUCUGGGUCGCCUCCGAGCAAUUUUCGCCGAAGACGGGCACGCCGGAGCAAGCCGGGAGUCGCGGCCGAAGAGAUACCUGAGCAAGUUGCUUCGGAAUUUUGGGCUUCGAUCCGACAACUUGGACCGCCACUUCUCAUCCUCCUACACAUUGAGCUCAGACCACCUUGCGGCCUUGUCAUAUUUGCUGUACCAUAGGAUCAUCAAUCUCGUCCACCUCCACUUCGACAUCCAUCUAAACCUCUUGGUCAUCAUCUUCUUCGGCCUCCUCCUCGUUAGCCUCUUACAAUUCAUCCCCAAAGGUGUAGUGGACAUCACCGAUUCCUUGCAGAUGUGA